GAAAUGAAAUCAAAAAAUCAAACAAUGAAUUCCAAGAAAAUACAAAAACAAUUAGAUCUUGAAGAAGUAUUUUGUAUAGCAUGCAGGUGCAUUUAUUUAAAACCCGUGACAAUGCCAUGUGGCCAUACACUCUGUCUAGAAUGUUUCAAAAGUAUGGUGAAUUUAACAGCAUAUCAGUGUCCAAUGUGUCGCAGGCGUAUCAGUAAUUGGCUUCGUAAAUUUAAACAUGAUUGGGAUGCCAUGCUUAAUGUGAAUCUUUGGGAAGCUAUUCAACAGCAAUACCCAGUAGAAGUACAGAAGAGAUUAAAUGAUGAAGAUGAUGGUCUUGAAGAACGUAUAGUCAAUCAUGGCUUCAGUCGGGUUGAACUUAAAGAAGGAGAAAUAAAAAAAGAAUUUGAUGAUAUGCAAAUGAAUAUUUAUAAAGAACAAAAAGAAAAAGAAUUGCACAGUUUGGAGCUUGCUAAAAAAUUACAAGAAGAAGAAAAUAUUAGAAAUCAAGCUCAAUUAUCUUUGAAUGAAAAAUUAACACAAGAAGAUUCUAUACUUGCAACAACAAUUCAAGAAAAUAUAAUGAAAGAACUUCAUCAAGAAGAAAUAAUUUUAAUCCAAUCAGAUUUGGAUUUGGCUACAAAAUUACAUGAUCAGAUAAUGACUGAAACAAAAAUUGGUACAAAUCAUUCAGCUUCUAAAAAAAAUCAAAUUAAAAAAGGACCUUUGGAUAAAAUAUUUUUGAAAAAGACUGAAAAUGAUUCUAAAGUGCAAUGGAAUAAUAAACAAGACUGUAGUAGUUUAUCUAGCACUAUAUCUUCAUCCAGUACAACAAGCUCGAUUCAAUCUCUCAAUGCAUCAUUAUCAAGUUUUCCUUCAGAUCCAUCUACAAGCUCUUCAACUACUGAUGCAUCUGAAAUAUUUGAAGAUGAUAAUUUGGAUAUUUGUACUUGUGGACGUUUACAGGAUAAUUUGACAACCGAUAUUAGUCCUUGUGCAUUUUGCAUAGCUCAAAUAGCAUUGUUGAACAAAUUGUGGACUCAACAACAAAAUGAUUUUUUAAUGGCUAAAGAUUUAGAGAAAAAAUUACUUAUGAGUAAUUUUGAAGAUUAUAAUUUAAGGAAAAGAUCAAAUUCAGCCCUUAGUCUUGGGCACAAGAAAAAAAGAAAACUGUCUAAAGGACAGCUAACAUUGAAACAAGCAUUAAAAAACAACGGUAACACAACAUUUUGUAAAUAGUAUGAACUCUUUUUGAAGAAAUAUAUUAACUAUUAGGUAUAUAAUUAAGAAAUAAUAAUUAAAGACAUUGAAGAUUUACUUAUCAAUAGUUUUGUAAUAAACAAAAAUUUUGUCAAAAUUUUGUUUUUUUUUUUUUUUUU